AGGUCAAAAUCUUGCCUUUCUCUGUUAAUUCGAGCAAAGGUAAACGUUUGAUACAGCGUCCCGUUAGCUUGUGUGUUCUUUCUCAUUAAAUCCUUUUACUAUCUUGAUUACUCUAAUUUUGCUUGGCUGCAUGUGUCCUGGUUUUCAUCUGUUAAAUGUGUACGCAAUUAUAACUCAAGGGCAGGAUUACACUGUUAGAAGGAGAAGCAGACACAGGGUGGCAUGCCAGAGGCAUAUUUUAAAACAGAUCUAGGGCAGCAAAUAGAAGCAUCAGUCAACAGACUUCUGAAAACUCUCUGCCUCAAAGUGUGGGGGAAGCUCCUUCUUUGGAAGCUUUUAAACAGAGGUUGGAUGGUCAUCUGUCAGGGGUACUUUGAUUGUGCUUGUUCUGCAUGGCAGGGGGUUGGACUGGAUGGCCCAUGUAAUGUCUUCCAACUCUAUGAUUCUAUAAUUCUGUGAAAAUUUUUAAAAUCCAGACCAAGAUUUGUUUUCAAAUAAUAAAGAAUGUACAGAAAAGCUACUAAAUGACUGUAAAAGAAAUAAAAGUAUACCACAUGCUUGAGAUUACCUUGGAGAAGUUCAUAGAAUUGUUUUUAUCAGGCAACAAUGUUAGAAGAUCAUGUUUCUGCAUAUUUAUGAUAUGCAAAAAUAUAUUUGUGGCACUGCCAGUCUAAUCAUGUGACAUUACUUUAUUUUAGCAUGGCUUCAGCAUGUGACUUGAAAACCAAUCUAAUUAAAGCCCUUGAUGGUAGCAAAGUAGCUGAGUAAAUGGAACUAUAUGCAUCUGAGCUUCCCCAAGAUCUCUGACAUUACGAUGGCAGAGUUUUCGGACGUUCCUACAACGCUGCCUGUGGCAAGAAAAAAGACAAGUUUGACAAUCCAGGACAAAAUCGCCAUAAUAGCCGCCAUUGAAAAUGGAAAGAAGAAGACGGAGGUUGCAGGAAAAUAUGGCAUAAAGCGAAACUCCUUGUCUUCCAUUAUGAAGAACAGAGAUAACAUUCUAGAAGCCUUUGAGUCUUUGCCAUUUGAUCCAAAACGAAAGAGGUUGCGUAUGGCAUGCUACAAUGAUCUGGAAGAGGCUCUGGUGAAGUGGUACCAAAUGGCUCAGUGUUCAAAUGUACGAGUAAAUGGACCAUUGCUACGCAUCAAAGCCAACCAUUUUGCACAGAAACUUGGAUAUAGCGAUUUCAAAUGCAGUAACGGCUGGCUUGAUCGCUUUAAAUCAAGGUAUGGAUUAGCAUUCAGAUCUCAGCCAGGAGUUGCUACCGCUAUGACUCUGACCGAUGCUUCUGCAUCAGAUACUGUAACAGUUUGGCAUCAAAGUAUCCUGCCUUACUAUGUAAAGGUUUAUCAACCAAACAAUAUAUUUAAUUUGAAAGAGACAAGAUUGUUUUAUCAGAUGUUACCCAGUUGUACAUUUUCAUUUAAAGGAGAAAUGUGCUCAGUGGGGAAAGUGAGCAAGGAAGAAUUAACUCUCAUGGUUGGUACAAAUAUGGAUGCCUCAGAGAAACUUCCUUUGCUUGUCAUUGGAAAAAACAAAACUCCCUGCUGUUUUCAGAGCACAAAGUCACCUCUUGUACAAUACCACCCCAGUGCUAUGCAAUGGAAGACUUCAAAUGUGUUUGAACAAUGGCUGAGCAAGCUUGAUAAGAAGUUUAAAAUGCAGAAGCGUCGCGUUGUUAUUUUUGUAGACCCUUUCCCAGAUUUUCCAGAGGUAAAGGAUUUAAAAUGUAUCAAGCUUGUAUUCUUUCCUUCUUGCUCCGCUUCUCGAUUUACCGCUAUGAAGCAAGGGAUUAUCAAGAGUCUGAAAGUCAAAUAUCGGACCCUUCUUCUCAAGAGGUUUAUAGACUGUGUAAACACCGGAAAGGAGUUCGCACUGACUCUACUUGAUGCCCUUGGUAUGUUGCAUCUCUGUUGGAGGGCUGUAUCCUCAGGGACAAUUGUUAAUAGUUACAUUGCAGCAGGGUUUGGAUCAGUCUCUGAGGGGAAAGCUGGAGUAGAUGCAGAAGCUGAAAAUAACUUCAAUUUGACUGCAUAUGCACUGGCUGCAGCAGUACAAUUUCCAAAAGUCUUAUCUUUGGAAGAAUAUGCUGCUUUAGAUGAUGACUUGAUAACCCCCAAAAUGACUCACAACAAUGAAAUAUAAUAUAUCCAACAUAUAUAUUUCAAGUCAAAUGUGUGGAGGAAAUUAAGGCAGCAAUUUUCCUGAACAUCAAAAACUUUUGCCAUCACAGAAUGAGAUCCAGACUGCUUUAGACUGGAUCUACACCACCGUAUAAUCCAGUUUGAACCAAAUUAUACAGUCAGUGUAGAUUAGACCCAUGUAAUACAGUAUGAAUAUCAGUAUAUGGGUGUACAACAGGGGUCUUCAAAUGUUUUAAGCAGAGGGCCAGUUCAUAGUUCCUCAGACUGUUGCAGGGGCCGGACUAUAGUUUGAAAAAAAAAAACAUGAACUAAUUCCUAUGUACACUACACAUAUCUUAUUUGUAGCUCAAAAAUAUAAAAGAACAAUACAAUAUUUAAAAUGAGGAACAGUUUAACCAACAUAUACUUAUCGGUAUUUCAAUGAGAAGCGUGGGACUGCUUUCGGCUGACGAGAUAGUCAAGUUAAUUAGGAUUGUUGUUGUGUGGCUUCAAUUCAUUUAAAACUUAGGGCGGCCCUUUUCCUAAAGUUUAGAGCAGGGGUUGGGUAAAUGACUUUAAAAGGCUACGUCUGGCCCCGGACCUUAGUUUGAGGACCUCUAGUCUUCACAUUGACCAAAUUAUGCAGUUCAAACUACAUUAUUUAGCAGUGUAGAUCCAGGCCAGGAUACUCUUUAAAUAUUUCUCACAAGUCAUCAACUGAAUUAAUUUUCGUACUGUUUCAUUAUCUGGGCAGAGACCACAAGGGGGCACUAGACAGAAGAAAGGGGGUUGAAAGAGUUAAACAAUUUCCCCCUGUUUUCCUGUGAUUCACCCCACCUAUUUCGCAGCAUUUAUGAUAUAGGAAGAGGUGUGUGUGUGUGUGUGUGUGUGGGUGGGAAUAACCAGCAAAAAUUGGGGAAAUUGUUUUCCUCCUUCAACACCCCCCC